AUGAGACCUGCCGCCAUUAUUUCCGUAAUUCCUACGCUCGCAGCUGGCUUCAACUUUCAAAGGAGGAGUCCAAUUAAUUAUGAGGGCUACCAGGUUCUCCGAGUGAAAACCCUCAACCAAUUGGCAACCGUGCAAGCCAAACUUGCUACGAUUCCUCAUCACAAAUGGAACCACGAUGUGGAUACUCAUAUUGACAUCGUCAUUUCGCCAGACCAAGUCAAUAUUGUUGAGUCACUUGGGCUAGAUUACCGCAUCAUGCACAGUGACCUCGGCGAGUCAAUCGCCGCCGAAUCCCAAGUUCGCACCGCAUAUAAGCGCGACAUCGACGAUCUUGCGUGGUUCGACUCGUACCACUCGUAUAAGGACCAUGUCCAAUACUUCACCGACCUCCACGAAGCCUUUCCAGGAAACUCUGAGCUGGUGUAUUCGGGGCGGUCGUUCGAGAAUCGGACAAUUCACGGAAUCCAUCUCUUCGGCGAUGAGGGUCCGGGAAAGCCCGCUGUACUCUACCACGGUACUGUUCACGCAAGAGAGUGGAUUGCAGCUCCUAUGGUAAGUCAGACCUUGCAGUCCUUUCAACAAAGAGCCUACGAACUCAUACCGGAACCAGGCUUCACAUUCUCCCAGGAGGUCGACCGUCUCUGGCGCAAGACACGCACGCCCCCACCUCUGAAUUCAACUUGCUACGGAACCGACAUCAAUAGAAAUUGGGAGUACGGAUGGGAUGCAAAUCCGUUUGGCGCUUCUACCAACCCGUGUGCCCAAUCCUACCGCGGCCAGAAGCCUUCCGACACCAUCGAAAACCAAGGCCUAGAUGCUUACGUUCGCAAGCUGCGCGAUACCAGCGGUAUCAAACUGUACAUUGACUGGCACAGUUACGGCCAGUAUAUUCUUUCACCCUUCGGUUCCAAGGAGACGUGGUAUGCUCCCGAGCUCGGCAAGUGGACCAAGACUGCUUCGGUGCUCAGCGAGGUCAUCCGUGACAGCUCCGAGAGACGUACUACUUUCACAUUUGGGCCCAGCGGUGCUACCCUCUAUACCACCACAGGGGCAGCACCUGACCAUGUUUAUGCAAUUGGCGGCGCGGACUUUUCCUACACCAUUGAGCUUCCUGAUACAGGCGAUUUCGGCUUUGUCUUACCUCCCGAUCGCAUUCUUGGCGCCGCGGAGGAGCAGUGGGAAGGACAGCAGGUACUGUAUACUUUGUUGGACGAGGUGUUUUUUGAUGGAAUAGGAGCUGUCUAA